UUUGUAGUCCACUUGACCUCAGAUGCCGGAGAAUCCAUUUGGCGUUACAAAAGCUAAGCUGCCGAAAGUUGAGUAACAGUGAGGGGAAACAAAAGGACACGGCUCCCGGGAGGACUCGCUCAUAUAAGUAAUACAGAGGGUCUCUCCUCAUACAUCAACCCUCCAAUACCCUGAGCUUUAAUCCUAACUCGGAAGAAAAUGUUUUCACUGUCAACGUCGUUUCAGCCGCAGCAGAUGAUCCUGCCCCUCAGCCAGCUCAUCAAUGCCCUCCACUCUCUGAAGAACUCAGCCACAGCUUCAGUCCAAACCCUGCACAAAGACUUCGCUCCAGAGCACAGUUCGUUUCUGAAAGAGCCCAAUGUGAGUCUCAGGGAUCUUGGCCUGUCAGAGAUCAGGGUGAGUCAGCUGGAUGAGCUGGUCAGCAGGUUACUGCCAACACCAGGACCAGAAGAACCUCCAGCCGUCCCCUCGACAUGGAGGACGAGUCACGUUUCUGCACACAGCUUCUUCCACAACAAGCAUGGGUUUUCACACAGAAGGUUGGGGGUUUUUGGCUCCCCAAUAUUUCACAGACAAUACCACAGUCCUCUAAAAGAAGUUUGCUCAGAUCUGCAAUUCCUGCCUGUAUGGGUCCAGAGUCGUGGUUUCAAGACACUUCGAACAAAGACCAGACGAACGGAGUCUGCUUAUGACGGUCCGGUGGAGUCUGAGCCCUACACACUAGCCUUCAUGAAGGGAUUUCUUCAGAGGGAAAAGGGACCAGAGGCGCAGUCACUGGACCAACUGCUGAAACAAAAGAACCUUCCAGAUAACCAGCAGGAGGCUUUCAAAACGGGUUUCACUGAGGGAUUCAUGAGGUCUCAGGCCUUCACUCAGAGAACACAAGAUUCGCUGAGGAGAACCAGGUUGUUCCUGAUGGUCCUCCUGCUUGUUGGUAUUUAUGGCUUGUCAAGAACCCCGUUUUUCUCGGGUAAAGGCUCCUUUUCUGAUGCUGUGAGGUUCCGCACCACAUCUGGUCUUGACUCAGCAGUCGACCCCAUCCAGAUGAAGAAUGUGACAUUCGAGCACGUCAAAGGAGUGGAGGAGGCAAAGAAUGAAUUACAAGAUGUUGUCGAGUUCCUCAAGAAUCCCCAGAAGUUUACUGUCCUGGGUGGAAAGCUGCCUAAAGGGAUCCUCCUUGUCGGUCCACCAGGCACAGGAAAGACUCUGUUAGCACGGGCUGUGGCCGGGGAAGCCGAUGUGCCUUUCUACUACGCCUCCGGGUCAGAGUUUGACGAGAUGUUUGUGGGUGUUGGUGCGAGCCGAAUUAGAAACCUUUUCAAAGAGGCAAAAGCUAAUGCUCCCUGUGUCAUCUUCAUUGAUGAGUUGGACAGCGUUGGUGGAAAGAGGAUUGAGUCUCCUAUGCAUCCCUAUUCAAGACAAACAAUCAACCAGCUGCUGGCUGAAAUGGACGGGUUUAAACCAAAUGAAGGCGUCAUCGUUAUUGGUGCUACAAACUUUGCAGAGGCGUUGGAUAAUGCUCUGAUAAGGCCAGGAAGGUUUGACAUGCAGGUGACGGUCCCUCGCCCCGACGUGAAAGGACGCACUGAAAUUCUCAACUGGUACCUCUCCAAGAUCAAAGUAGACCCUGCUGUGGAUGCGGAGAUUAUUGCCCGGGGGACAGUCGGUUUUACUGGGGCAGAGCUGGAGAACCUGGUCAACCAGGCAGCCCUGAAGGCAGCCGUGGACGAGAAAGAGAUGGUCACACUGAAGGAUCUAGAAUUCGCUAAGGACAAAAUCCUCAUGGGCCCUGAGAGGAAGAGUGUUGAAAUCGACAAGAAGAACAAGACCAUCACAGCCUACCAUGAGUCCGGCCAUGCCAUUGUUGCCUAUUUCACCAAAGAUGCGAUGCCUAUCAAUAAGGCCACUAUCAUGCCCAGAGGCCCAACUCUUGGCCAUGUGUCGAUGCUCCCAGAGAAUGACCGUUGGAGCGAGACAAGAGCCCAGUUGCUGGCUCAGAUGGAUGUCAGCAUGGGCGGUCGCGUAGCAGAGGAGCUCAUCUUUGGAGAUGACCACAUCACCACUGGAGCCUCCAGCGACUUUGAUGGAGCAACCAAAAUAGCAAAAAUGAUGGUGACCAGGUUCGGCAUGAGUGACAAGCUCGGUGUCAUGACCUACGGUGAUGUAACCAAGCAGAGCCCCGAGACACAAGCUGCCAUCGAACAGGAAGUCAGGGUUUUACUGAAGGACUCAUAUGAACGUGCUAAAAACCUCCUGAAGACGUACAGUAAGGAGCACAAGACGCUCGCUGAUGCCCUGCUAAGAUACGAAACUCUGGAUGCCAAAGAGAUCAAGAUGGUGUUGGAGGGCAAAUCACUGGACCACCAGAUACCUCAAUAGAUAUUUUAAACUCUUGUAUCAUGUAUAUAUGAAGCUGUGCAACUGUGCACAGGCCUUUUGGAGGCCUUGUAUUUCAUUUGUUUGUGUUCCUCUUAUUAUCAAUGUGAAGAUAUCACUCAAAUCAAUCAGUUUCAACCCUUAUAUACAUUUUUAUUUCAUUAAUUUUCAAAUUUGUCUUUCACUUUCUAUAGAGAAGACUCUUAGACUUCUUUCACAGCCGUUUCAAAGCACUUCACAGUUUAAUUGAAUUCAAAAAAACAAAAUUUGCUUCUCAAGUUUGUCUACUACAAUACACAAAGAUGUGUGUGAUUUCAUCAGGGGCUUGUGGUCUUCUACUCUCAGAGAAAUGACUUCUGUAGUAGUUUUAUACAUCAGAGUCAUAUUUGGAAUGAUAACAAGGUUUUAAAGCAAAUGAAUUUGACAAAGAUCAUGGUUAAUUAAGGCGAGGUGGUUUAAUUUAUGCGUCUGUCUCAUUUUCAAUUUUUACAGACUGAUGAACACCAUAGAACCUUAAAGUACCUCAAUCUAGAAUGUACCAUCUGGCUGUAGCAAGGUACAGACGAUACCACAGUUCAUUGUUGAACUAUCAUAUUAGAGGUUUUUUUCUCUAAAUGAUAUCUUUCUGUUGCAUCUACCAUAUGCUAUCUAUUUUGUGUGUUCUUAUUUAUUUAAGUGCCCAAAGGUCUUUUUUUGAAAUUAGUGAGAGGCCCUUUUGCCCCAUUCUAAGCUCACCUGUAACUGAUAAGUGAGGGGAAAUGUAUAUACUGUAGGUGUGUAAAAGGAUUGCUUUGUGCUUCUGUUUGAUCCUUUAGACAAAGGCCACUCUGAAGCUCAAAUAAAGGUUACUCUUACCCAUGAA